CUACGAUAUCCAAAGGCAUUUGUGCCUGGAGCCACGGAAGAUCGAUGGACAAGCCAAGCAACUUCUGACUCGGCAUCAUUUUCUGGGGCAAAAUUUUAUGGCAAUGUAUCCUACAAGGGUGUCGGGUGAGGAAUGCAAUGGGAUCAAUAGCAUGUCGACGGAGAGCGGCCCCGGAACGAGACUGAGAAAUUUGCCGGUCAUGGGGGAUGGACUAGAAACCACCCAAAUGUCAACGACGCAGUCACAGGCUCAACCCCAACAAGGCAGCGUUGUAGGUGUGAAUCCUCCUCCACCGGAGACCUCUAACCCCAACAAACCCAAGCGACAGACCAACCAGCUGCAAUAUCUGCUCAAGGUGGUGCUGAAGACGUUAUGGAAGCACCAGUUUGCGUGGCCUUUCCAGCAGCCCGUGGAUGCCGUCAAGCUGAACCUCCCU